AUGCGGGCCGUAUUACCAGGCCGGCCUUCAGCGAAGCUCCAAGCUCUGAGCACCGCGCUGUGGGAUGGCGUUCGCGUCGUUACUUACGUUACCGGCCGUGCACUUGUGAUUCUGAAUGGGCCUCACACGCUUCUGCAGACCAUCUACAUUGAUGAUGUCGAUUCUCUAGAAGCCGUUGUGAUUGAGGAGAUUUCUGGAAAGAUUGCUGUUUGCAGUGGGUCGGACGUGUUCGUUUACCAGCCGUACAGUAUCGGGAACGACCCGCCUAGGUGGAGUUUAGCUUGCAAUUUCCAAUGUAAUGGUUAUGAAGAGGGGCAGAUCACGACCUUGUCCUGGGGGUCUCCCGACGAGCUCCUUGUCGGCAAUGGACGCCUCAUUCUGUGGCUGAUUGCAGACUCCCCGCGUGCCAUUUGGACGAAGGUGCUAGGCAAUCCUGCCAAACUGGCAUUGUUCUCCCCAGAUGCAGGCCUAGUAGCUUCUACAGGUCGGUAUGACCGACUCGUCAAGAUAUGGAGACGGCUUUCCUUCGUUGCAGACGAGGUUCGUUUCGAUGUUUUCUACCUUUCUCACCCAUCGACUGUAACUCAUAUGUACUGGAGACGACCACAUCACCGGGAGCAAACGAUGGACAAUGUACUCUACACCAUUUGCGCCGAUAAUAAAAUACGAAUAUGGGCGCCCAUGGACCGUCACUCUGCGUCUGUUCUACAGCUUUGGAAUGAAAUCGAUAUGGUAGCAUCAAUCCAACCGAGACUCCCUGUAAAAACUGAGCACGGAAUGAGACGAUAUGGAUUUAUUAUCGAUAGUCGCGACUUUGCCCUUGCGACGGAGCGUGCCGUGCAACGUGGAGACCCCAAAGACGGCAACCAUCAUGCCCUAGAACACCUCAUUGAAAUUGCCGCAAAAAGCCCCGAAAUCUGUGUCAUUCUGGAUGGUAGAGGUCACAUGUGUGCUUGGGGCCUUGAGAACCUGGGUUGUAAACGCCAGUCGUCAGAAUCCAUUUUUAAUAUUGCUCAUGUCGAAGGCAUGCACUUGUCUCUUCCAAAGGGGGUUCUUGAUCAGGAAGACUAUGCUCAAUUCUAUCCAUUUGCUGGGGGCGUCAGUGAUGAUUCCUUUACGAUCUUGGCUCACUAUUUUGAUGGAAGAAUUGAAUGGUUGGACUCUAAAAUUCAUAUCAUGUUUGACCCAACUCCUAGAAAAAGCCGUAUGCUCUCAAAGGCAACCUGGUCUGGCCAUGCAGGGCCAAUCAAGAAAAUUGUUCGUACGCCAAUUGGCAAAAUGCUAAUUUCUCGAACGGACGAUAAUAAAGCUAUGGUGUGGCGGCAAAGAUCUGGCGGCACUGGCUCCGUUCUUGUUCAACAGAGUUAUCUCCUAUCUGACCUACACAUUCACCGGACAUUUCUAUUAGAUGAUGGGAAAUAUCUGGUGAAUCUGCAUCACAAUGGGAUUUCUCUCUGGGAUGUCCGUUCAUUUCACGGAAAACUGCUUGAUAAAUGUAACUUUGAGUCAAGUAGCAAACCAUUGUGCGUUCUGCUCAUACCAACCACUGAUCCAUCAUCCUCCACUAUCUAUGUUGCAGCUAUUGGUGCUGAUAUGGCCGGGAUUGCGUGGGAAAUCAACAUCCCCGCAGAGCAUGGCCAUCCUAAUGGCGUCAACGGAAACCAGAAAUAUCUGCGUCAAUUCUGCACGUUUCACCUUGGCGUGAAUGAAGAUAUUUCAUAUAUCCUCCCGGUUGACCCUGCAGGGAGCAGGAUGAAGACCACAGGAUUUUUAGAUCUUUUUGCUACAGACAUUGCCCUGUCAUAUACCCAUACCGGCACUGUUAGGACAUGGACAGCUAAGGUCGAUAGUCAAAAUCAAAAGGUUGACUGGCUGCUCACAUCCACAGUUGAGACUGGGAUCCAGAGCCCUUCACUUGCGAGUGCUGCAUCGAUGCGCAAGGCAGCCCUUGUUAAUCAGCAUCGUGCCCAUUUAAGCAUAUGGGAUACAAACAAUGCCCAGCUUGAAUUCGAAGAGUAUUUUUCUGAACAAGACAUUAUUCGAGAUCUCGACUGGACAUCUACCCCUGAUGUCCAGUCUAUACUUGCUGUUGGCUUUCCACGAAAGGUGAUUCUUCUUUCCCAGCUACGGUAUGAUUACCUUGAUGCUGGCCCUUCUUGGACCCAAAUCAGAGAGAUUCGAAUGCAAGAUUACACCCCUCAUCCGAUCGGUGACUCCUGCUGGCUAGGAAAUGGAAGUCUAGUUGUCGGUGCUGGUAAUCAAUUAUUUGUCUUUGACAAGUAUAUUGAAGCCAACCAGCCAAUUGUCACUGGUCUCCGGAUUCACCACGAACAAUUCUCACAUGCCGAUCUAUUUCAGGUAGUCAGCCGACUGAAUGGUCCCCUGCCUGUAUUCCACCCUCAGUUCCUUGCUCAGUGCAUUCUUUCUGGGAAAACUAGCUUAGUGCAUCUCAUACUCACUAGCCUGCAUCGAAAAUUGAAGUUUUUUACUGACGGAGAUGAGCUCGAUGGGUUUUUGAACAUCCCCCUCGAACAUAUAUACGAAAAUAUGAAGACAGCACAACAUAUUUCAUGGAAAGAAAUGCACACUUCUAGUAAUGAUUACUCAUUUGAAGAAGAUUCAAAUAUUUUGGAUGAAACUGUUGCUGCUUCGUUGAAUGAGUAUUUGGCGCGGAUUGCUCUUCCUCAGCUUUCGAGUAAAGAACAAUUUCGUUUGCUAAAUAUUGUUGAGUGUGUGGCAACGGUUGAGAAGCACCGACGUUCUAUGGACGAUAACGCAUCGCGAUAUCUCCUCUUUUUCCGACAGCAUAUGCUUCGUAGGAGCCAGAAAUUACCCGAAAUUUCCGGUGUCACAUGGCGAGAAAUAAUCUGGGCAUUUCAUAGUGACAGCCAUGAGAUUCUUGCAGAUCUUGUUUCAAGGCAGUAUAACGGAAGAAUGCUUUGGGAGAACGCCCGAGAAAGUGGCGUCUUUAUGUAUAUUACUGACGUAAAUGCUUUGCGGGCGCAACUUGAGAUAAUUGCACGAAAUGAGUACGGAAAGACUGACGAAAAGAAUCCUAUUGAUUGCAGCCUAUUCUAUUUAGCUCUUCGAAAGAAAAGCAUCUUGCAAGGGCUCUGGCGGAUGGCAAGCUGGCACCGGGAGCAAGCAGCAACAUACCGGCUUCUUUCCAAUAAUUUUAAUGACCCACGCUGGCAGUCUGCUGCCUUGAAGAAUGCAUACGCCCUACUUGGUAAAAGAAGAUUCGAAUACGCGGCUGCGUUCUUCCUCCUAGCGGAUCACUUACGAGACGCUGUGUAUGUUUGUAUAAAUCAGCUGAAAGAUAUUCAGCUCGCGAUAACAAUUGCGCGGGCAUACGAAGGCGACGGUGGCCCGGUUCUGAAAGAGGUCCUCGAAGAAAAAGUUCUUGUUGAUGCGGCGAAUGACGGCAAUAGAUGGAUGGCAAGUUGGGCCUUUUGGAUGCUUAAUAGACGGGAUAUGGCUGUGAGAUCAUUGAUUUCGCCGGUUGAAACACUCUUACCCCCGACGCCUGGCUCCCCAGGUAGUUCUACCGGAGUAACAUUGCACGCGAAGUCUUACCUAUCCAACGACCCGGCCCUCGUCAUCCUCUACCAGCAGUUACGAGAUAAAACACUCCAGACCUUGAAGGGCGCCUCGAUGGUUGCGCCGCGAGACGAAUGGGAAUUUGUCAUCCGCAAUGCUCGUCUGUACGACAGAAUGGGCUGUGACCUGCUUGCCCUAAAUCUCGUUCGUGACUGGGAUUUCCUGACCGCUCCCGCUGUUCAAAAGGCCCCGCUGCACCUAUCGGCCGGACUGAUAGAGAAUCUACCAAAUCCCAAAACGCUAUUGAAAAGAAGAAGCAGCCUUGUAGUCGCGGAUAUGCCGCUUUCACCAGGCUUGCCGGAAGAGAUCAGAAAAGCAACGGCGGAUCCUGGAGGCAAGCAGGUGCCUGCAGGUAACCGCGGUGCCCAUUCCUCACCUACUGUUUUUGAAGAGCCGGACACGAACUCGCUGCUUGAUAAUUUUGGUUUCUGA